ACUCGGGUAUUUUCGACCAUUGUCGUAGUGAUGAACAACCAAAAUUAGUACUUGCAUAAAUCAUUUACAUCUCUUGAAAACUUGUUUUGAAUUAUUUCUUUUUAUUUACUACUUCAAAACUUGAAAUAUCUACUGCGUAGAUGUAACAGUUUGGAAAAUUGACAUAUAACGGAAAUUAAUUAAAAUUCCAUAAUAUGUCACAAUACGAGGAUGUUAUUGUAGUAGACAAAAGAAGUGAUGCUAAUGCGAUAUCAGAAUCAGAGAUUCGACAUAGAAUUCCAUGGAGUGAACGUGUAUUAUUAAAUAGUGAAGUACCAGGUUUACAUGAAGUUAAAGAAUUGUUAGAAGAUGAUGAUGCAAGUUGUUUAGCAGAAGAAGAAGAUGGAGUUGGUUGUCCAUUACCCUCAACUCCUGAAGAUGAUCAUCUUUUGGAUUGUGAGAUGACAGAAGUAUUGAAAGCUGGAGUAUUAAGUGAUGAAAUCGAUCUGGGUGCAUUGGCACAUAAUGCUGCAGAGCAAGCAGAAGAAUUUGUUCGUAAGGUUUGGGAAGCAUCAUGGAAACAAUGUCAUUUCAGAAACCUUCCAAAGUGGUUACAGGAUAAUGAUUUUUUACAUGCUGGCCACAGACCACCUUUACCAUCUUUUUAUGCAUGUUUCAAAAGUAUAUUUCGAAUUCAUACAGAAACAGGAAAUAUUUGGACUCAUUUACUUGGAUGCAUGGCAUUUAUUGGCAUGGCUAUAUUCUUCAUAACACAACCUCCUAUAGAAAUACAAUUGGAAGAAAAAUUGGUAUUUGGUACCUUUUUUGCUGGUGCUAUUAUAUGUCUAGGAAUGUCGUUUGCCUUUCAUACUGUACACUGCCACAGUGAAUGUGUUGGAAAGUUGUUUUCAAAAUUAGAUUAUUGUGGAAUAGCUAUGCUAAUUAUGGGUAGUUUUGUACCAUGGCUUUAUUAUGGUUUUUACUGUGAUUAUCAACCUAAACUUAUUUACUUGUCAUUGGUUGUAAUACUUGGUGUAACAAGUAUUGUUCUUUCAUUAUGGGAACGGUUUGGUGAACCAAAUUACAGACCAUUAAGAGCAGGCGUUUUUAUGGGAUUUGGUCUUAGUGGAGUAAUACCAGCAGUUCAUUAUGCCAUUGCAGAGGGUUGGUUUAAAGCAAUUAGUCAAGCAUCUCUUGGAUGGUUAAUAUUAAUGGGAUGUUUAUAUAUCUUAGGUGCAAUGUUUUAUGCAUUACGAGUACCUGAACGAUUUUUCCCAGGCAAGUUCGAUAUUUGGUUUCAGAGUCAUCAAAUCUUCCAUGUAUUAGUAAUUGCAGCAGCUUUUGUUCAUUACCAUGGAAUAACAGAAAUGGCAAUGUAUAGAAUGACAAUAGGAGAUUGUACAAAUCCGUCACAGGUGAUAGCUUUUUAAUUAUGCAAUGGACAUACAAGCUGUUUCUUUUAUCCUACACAUUCUAAUAUUUUCGUUAUUUUUUCGGGUACAAAAAAUGUGUCAGAAUAAAUUUAUUUGAUUUAAAGUUAAGAAUAUUAUGAACCAUGUUUCUUUUUUUCAAGAACAUUUUUUCCGAGUUUUGAAGGAAAUCUGGUAAUUUUACUGGCCAAAAAAUUCUUGAUCCUCAACCUAUUCAACAAUCAGGCAAGAUUAAAAUAAAUUUAGAGCAUUCUAUAUGUUUCUCACAUAAUGGGCUGAACACUCAUCAUCUCGAAGUCACAUACUUCUUCGGUAAUGUAAGAAUAUACCAUGAAGAAGUAAUUGCAAUUAAUUUUUUACGAAUUCAAGAUAUUUUAUAUUUAAUGUUCCUUUGAUGGAAUAUGAACCAAUAAUUUGAUUUUUCAUAUCGCACCAAACAUUGACAUUACAUGGACGUUAAUGGUAUAUUUAUUUAUCUGUAUUGGACACAUAGAUUAUUUUGCUUGAGGAGUUAAUUUAACUGAAAGAGACGAUGUGCGUAAGGGAGAGAAUAUAUUACUUACUUAUCUAUGAUUUGUAAAUGUUGUCCAUUACCGAGGAGAAAUAUGGUUUCAAAAUGAUGGGUGUCCAGCUCAUAUGCAAAAAGCUAUAGUCACUGAAUUUUUUAUGGCUUUAACUUAACGUGAUUUUGUUAUUUAAAAGUCAUAGUGCUACAGUACGUUGAAUUCCUCUUGAUGUGUAUUAUACUAAUGUAUCAUACAAAAUAGUGAUUCACAACUCUGAAAAAAUAAUCUUGAAAGAAAAAAAAAAACAUGAAUCAUCAUAUUCUUAACUUUGUACCAAAUAAAUUUGUCGUGACACAUUUUUCCAUACCAACAACAGUAACGAAGAUAUGAGAAUGUAUAGGAUAAAAAAAAACACCUCGUAUAAUAUCGUGUUGUUGGAUUUAACCUUUAUCGAAAUUUAAAAGGAUUCCUAAAUCUUUGUGUGUCAGUAGAUCUGUACUACAAAAGAACUGCUGGAAACAAUAUCAUAAAAAUGAACAG